AGCGCUUAGUGACCAGUUGCUUCGCCUUGGACGUUCACUCAGCAGGAUUGCUGCCGUACUAAACCGCGUACUUUGAACUGAAUUUCGCAUAACAAUGGCUCGUAAUGAGGAAAAGGCACAGUCUAUGCUCUAUCGCUUUCGCGAGGCCCAAGCCGCAGAGCUGGGUCUCGGUACGCGGAGCGAUCGACGUCCCCGAAUGGCUAGCACUUGUAAAAGCCUGAGGGAUUGUGAAAGAUGGCGAGGCGAGAUCUUACGAGAGAUCAGUCGGAAAGUGUCCAAGAUUCAAGAUGCUGGUUUGACGGAUUACGAAGUGCGAGACCUGAAUGAUGAGAUCAACAAGCUCAUGCGGGAAAAGAGACAUUGGGAGAAUCAGAUUGUCGCGCUUGGGGGUGCGAACUAUCGUCGGAAUGUUGCCAUGUUGGAUGCAGACGGAAAGGAGGUGCCGGGUACAAAGAACUACAAGUACUUCGGUCGAGCGAAAGACCUACCGGGUGUCCGAGAAAUGUUCCAGAGCAAAAAGAAGGAAGAGGAGGAAGAAGACCAAGUACAAAACUUCUACAAGAAGUUCACCAGUCAGGGGCCUUCGUAUUUCGGGGAUGUGGAUGAGAAUGAUGGCUCACUACUAGAGUUUGAACGGGAAGCGGAGGAAGAAGAGUGGCAAGAUGCCUACCAACACCUACAAUCAUCCCUUGGCCUAUCGGAGGACGGACCGAUACCUAAAAUGCCUCGUCCAGCCCCACAACCUCUUGUCGCACUUUCACAAACCAACGGCCCUGCUCCUCCAACGUCAGCAGAUGCCAAACGGAAGGCACCAGAUGGUGAUGUGGAAGUGCCAAUUCAAAAUGGUGAUACCACAACAGAUUCGUCCAAGCGUCCAAGGACCGAUGGUGCCGGUACUCAUCCAGCAGCCAAUGGAAACGUACCAGUAGAGGCGGCGGUAGAGGCGGAGAAGAUGCAUGCGCGGGCAGUUGCUGCGUAUAUACCUUUCCUCAGUCCUGACAAUCUCAUGCCUCCCAAGAUGCCCACAAGGGACGAGAUGGAGAAGUAUAUCUUGGAUUUACGGAAGAAGGCACUUGUGGAGGAGUAUUUUGGGGACGAGCAGGCGUCGUAGUGUGUUUACUGUGUUAUCUCUUGUUGUAUCUUGUACUAUCACUCAUUUAUUUGAAUCUGCUUUUAUCAACGUCAACUGACGGU